CCUCUUUCUUUCGGCUAACUUCAUUCCCCUGAAAACUACAAGCAGGCCGCGGAAAACACAGUCAGGAGAAAAACUACCCAAGAGGACAACAAUGGUCCACAGCGCCUACGACACCUUCGAGCUCCUCACCGGCUGCCCCACAAAGAUCGACGCCGUCGAAUCCCACGGCUCCAAGCUCCUCCUCGCCUGCUCCGACGGAUCCCUCCGCAUCUACGCCCCCGAAUCCGACCGCUCUCCUCCUCCCUCCUCGCCCUCUGACCGGACCCAUGAGGCGCUGCGGAAAGAACCCUACGUUCUCGAGCGAGCCGUGAACGCCUUCUCGAAGCGGCCGAUGGUCGCAAUGGAGGCUUCGGGGUCGAGGGAGCUGCUCCUCUCGCUUUCGGAGUCCAUCGCCUUCCACCGGCUUCCCAAUUUGGAGACCAUCGCGGUUAUUACGAAGGCAAAGGGCGCCAAUGCUUACGCGUGGGACGAUCGGAGGGGGUUCUUGUGCUUCGCGAGGCAGAAGAGGAUCUGUAUAUUCAGACACGACGGGGGACGGGGAUUCGUGGAGGUGAAAGAAUUUGGUGUUCCUGAUACGGUGAAGUCAAUGGCUUGGUGUGGGGAGAACAUAUGUCUGGGUAUUAAAAGGGAAUACGUAAUACUGAAUUCGACAAAUGGUGCAUUGUCCGAGGUAUUUCCUUCUGGAAGGAUUGCCCCGCCAUUAGUAGUGUGUCUUCCAUCUGGAGAACUUCUUCUUGGGAAGGAUAAUAUUGGAGUGUUUGUGGACCAAAAUGGUAAACUUCUUCAAGAAGGCAGGAUUUGUUGGUCUGAGGCUCCUGCUACUGUUGUCAUUCAGAAGCCGUAUGCUGUAGGUCUCUUACCAAGACAUGUUGAGAUACGGUCACUCCGAGUUCCUUAUCCUUUGAUACAGACUGUUGUCCUCCGUAAUGUUCGGCACCUUUUGCAAACCAACUAUGCCCUUAUUGUGGCGUUAGAUAACUCUGUUUGUGGGUUAUUUCCCAUUCCUCUUGGUGCUCAGAUAGUACAAUUAACCGCAUCUGGAAAUUUUGAGGAAGCAUUGGCUUUGUGUAAGAUGCUCCCACUAGAGGAUUCAAGCCUCCGAGCUGCAAAAGAGCAGUCAAUUCAUAUAAGAUAUGCACACUAUCUGUUUGAGAAUGGAAGCUACGAGGAGGCAAUGGAGCAUUUUUUGGCAUCUCAAGUAGAAAUCACACACGUGCUUUCUUUUUAUCCAUCUAUUGCCCUUCCAAAAUCAAUUGUGGUACCUGAAGCAGAGAAGUUCAUGGACAUCAGUGGAGAUAAUCCAUAUCUUUCUAGAGGUUCAUCUGGUUUAUCAGAUGAUAUGGAAUACUCACCUCCUUCACAGCUGUUGGAAACUGAUGAGGGCGCUGCACUCGAGUCCAAGAAAAUGAGCCAUAACACGCUAAUGGCUCUCAUCAAGUUUUUGCAGAAGAAGAGAUAUGGUAUAAUUGAAAAAGCCACUGCCGAGGGAACUGAGGAGGUUGUUUCAGAUGCUGUUGGAGAUACUUUUAUAUCUUAUGAUUCAAAUCGGUCUAAGAAAUCAGCCAAGGGCCGACUUAACAUGGCCAUUAGCUCGGGUGCUAGAGAGAUAGCAGCUGUACUGGACACAGCACUACUCCAAGCUCUGGUUCUAACCGGACAAUCUUCAGCUGCUGUGGAACUAUUGAAAACUGUUAACUACUGUGAGAUAAAAAUAUGUGAAGAGUUUCUGCAGAAAAGAAAUCACUACGAUGCCUUGCUGGAACUCUACAAAUGCAAUGCUAUGCACCACGAAGCUCUCAAACUUCUGCAUCAGCUAAUCGAAGAGUCAAAAUCAGACCAGGCACAAGCAGAGCUGAGACAAAAAUUCAAGCCUGAGAUGAUUAUUGACUAUCUAAAACCUCUCUGCGGGACUGACACUAUGCUUGUGUUGGAGUAUGCGAUGCUCGUGCUCGAAAGCUGUCCUACGCAAACUAUUGACCUAUUUUUGUCUGGAAAUGUUCCAGCAGAUUUGGUAAAUGUGUACUUAAAACAACAUGCUCCAAGUAUGCAGGCCACAUACCUAGAACUGAUGCUGGCAAUGAAUGAAAAUGGAAUCUCUGGAAAUCUGCAGAAUGAAAUGGUGCAAAUUUAUCUCUCCGAAGUGCUUGAUUGGUACACAGAUCUAAGUGCUCAACAGGCGUGGGAUGAGAAAGCUUAUUCACCUACAAGGAAGAAGUUAUUGUCUGCUUUGGAGAGUAUCUCGGGGUACAACCCGGAGGCUCUGUUAAAGCAACUCCCUGCAGAUGCUUUGUAUGAAGAGCGUGCAAUUUUGUUGGGGAAAAUGAACCAACAUGAGCUUGCCUUGUCGAUAUAUGUUCAUAAGCUUCAUCUUCCUGAACUGGCAUUGUCCUAUUGUGACCGGGUUUACGAGUCUGCAUCUGCAAAAUCUUAUAGCACUAUAUACCUCACUCUUCUGCAAAUAUAUUUGAAUCCUCGAAGGACAACCAAAAACUUUGGAAAGAGAAUUAUUAACGUGGUAUCAACUCCAAAUUCUAGCGUUCCGAAGGCUGGUUUGUGGAGUUCGGCCAAAUCCAAAGUUAGUCGUCCAGCUAGAAAAAUUGCAGAGAUAGAGGGUGCAGAAGACGUCCGAUUUAGUCCAGGCAGUACUGACAGUGGAAGGAGUGAUGGUGAUGCUGACACAGAUGAUCUCAUUGAAGAAGCAGGUUCUAGUAUCAUGUUGGAUGAGGUCCUUGAUUUGUUAAGCCGAAGAUGGGACAGAGUCAAUGGGGCACAGGCGCUCAAACUAUUACCAAAGGAUACUAAGUUGCAGAACUUGCUUCCAUUUCUUGGACCCCUUCUGAGGAAAUCCAGUGAAGCAUACCGGAACUUUUCUGUCAUCAAGAGUUUGAGGGAGAGUGAGAACCUGCAGGUCAAAGAUGAACUUUGCAACCAACGGAAAACAGUAGUGAAGAUUAUGGGUGAUAGUAUGUGUUCCCUUUGUAACAAGAAGAUAGGGACUAGUGUUUUUGCAGUGUAUCCAAAUGGCAAGACCCUUGUGCACUUCGUUUGCUUUAAGGAUUCACAAAACAUGAAGGCUGUUGUUAAAGGCACACCACGGCGACAACGAUGAUAGUUAACGUUACCAUAUGGCUCAGAUAAAUCUUCACUCAGUUUUGGCAGUUGCACGUCUCUUUCAUGCAUGAGACAUUAAGAGUUUGUCAAGGAGUGGCUUUGAGAGGAGUUAGUUUCACCAUCCUGUUUAUCGCUACUUUUGGAGUCGCUUCCACAAAGGAUAUUGGACGUCUGCAAGUGGUCCGAGGGACACGGACGGGCAGGUGAUUUUGUGAGUGUACCCUUUCAGAAAACAUUAUAUUGGUUUGGUAGAUUGUUUGGGUGUGUGAGGUUUGCAUCUUCAAAUUCUGAGGUUUUCUUAUGUUGUGUGUAUAGUUGGUUUGGCAGGAAGCUGUUUGUUGGGUAGAUGUAUUUGUUUUUUGUUUUUUUCUGUAUGGACUAUAUAGAUCAUUGGUCAAUUCUUUAGGUUUGUGGAGUUUUGAGAAAUAGAUUUGUGAAGUUUUGUAUUCAAUAGAAGUCCCUUGUGGGUGGGUGUUUGUACAGAAGUUGAUAGGAAAGACGUGGACACAAUUUAGCAGUGCUAUCUUCUUAGUGUUGAAGAGAAAUACAAUGCCACAGUAUUAUACUAUCAAA